GGAUAUUAUCAACGGGUGUUAAAGGGAAAGGGUUCAACAUUGUUGGGAGGAGAUAUGGGGUUGACAGACAAGUUGGAGCAGGCUUUGAAAAAUACCAUGACGAACAGUAGAACGCAGCGGCGGCUUGGAGGUGGAGGGCGGAAGCCUGAGCAUGAGGAACUGGAGGAGCAGCUCGAGCAGUGGGUUUUGCAGAAGAACACAAGGGGUCUUAGAGUCAGGGAUCAAUACAUACAGGCAAAAGCUCGAUUGAUUUUUAAGCUGCAGAAGGAGAGGGACGAGGUGGAGGAGGAUGCGGCCUUCGAUGGGUCAACGUGCUGGAUGGCGCGCUUUAAGCGCCGAAAGGGGUUUGUAUCGCGACGACACACAACCUCAAGGACCUUGCCUUCCAAUGCUGCAGACACAUGCAGAGCUUUCAUUGACGAAAUUCACAGUGUCAUUGACAAGCAUAAGAUUUCCCCGCUUAACAUUUUUAGUAUGGAUCAGGUCCCGCGAUACUUUGAGACAGAGCCGUCAUCUACAAUCACAAAGCGAUGGACACGUGAGGUGCUGAUGCGCAAAGCAAACAGCUCACACAAACGCUUCACGGUCACUUUCACCAUCUCCAUGGCUGGUGAAAUGAUGAAGCCUCACCUUCUUUUCGCGAAGUUGAAGAACAAGCCAGGCGUGGAAGGGCCGGUGGCUGUUGAUGUUAACAUGACGGGGAUGUGGAGUACGGACACAAUCAUCUCAUUCAUCAACGACACAAUUGCAUCAAGGAAAGCGGCGACAUUUGGCCGCCAACCUGUUCUUCUUAUCAUUGAUAGUUACGGACCUCAUGUGAAGGUGGCUGAGAGUGAAAGGUUGAAGAAGAUGAAUAUCCACCAAUCUUAUGAAUGCCAGUAUGAUGCAUACAUCUCCAAGGCUUUGGAGGACCCAUCCUUGCAAACAAAGAUGGGCAAUCCGAAGACCCCGACGUACCAGAUGGUUGCAGAUUGGGUCUGCCUGUGGGCAAAAACCAAGACAAAGGAGGAUAUCGCACAAGCAUUCACAAUGCGUGGUUUGGUGUGCAAGGAAGAUUUUGAUGUGGAGAAGUUGCACCCGCCGCUGAGAGCACUGUACAACGAUGUGGUCAACAUUGACGACUGGAAUGAUCAAUAUGCACAAGACUUUGCUGAGGCACCAGUGCCUGUGAACAUGGAUUUGCUCACUGCCCCAGAGUACUUUAUUCUAGAGGAUACGUUUGACGGUCAGCCUAAUAGUUACUGGCAAUGCCUUCGUCGCGCUGUGUUGGGUAGAGCGUCAUCCGUUACUUGUGCAGAGUUUCGCUCCAACACUGUGAGUUACAUGAAGACAAUGGAAAUCCUUGCUGACAUCACUGACAAUGCAUACUUCGUUGAUCUUGCAUCUGGUACGACCUGCGAUGAGGAGUACAUAGCUUGUGCAAUUAGUGAGAUCCAAAACGUGACUAUUCGCAUCCAAAGGAGGGAGGACUCAAGUUACCGAACUUUUGAGCGUUCGGACACUGCGGGCAUAAUUGAUCUUGUGUGUGUGGAUGGUUUCUAUGUGCUGAAGUUGUAAGACUGUUUCAAGCUCGAGCUUCCGAUUGUAUAAAUCAUACGUAGCUUUUUUUAGAAUUGCAUGAUUGCUUAGCCAAAGCCGGGUAAUGGCCUCGGAAUUUCAAAUGUGGUUCAUAUUCCAAUGCAUUUCAAUCGGACGUUGAGCCCGAUUCUCGGCACGUGAUGCUCCACACGAAUAGAUUGGAGUUUUUGUUCCAAAAAAAAAAAAAAAAAAAAAAAAAAGUUACAGCAGCCUGAGAGCUGCUUGGGUCUGUAGAGAAAGACCUGCAUACUCUUCAGCCUGUAAGCUAAGUUGGAUGAUGCUUCCAGUAAAAUUGUUCAGUUUUG